GCUGUUGUUAUAUCACCCUUAUUGCCUGCACAGCGCUCCUACAUCUCGACAUACCUCCCAAGUUUCUCUAUCUUUGAUUUGAGAGAGUAAGGCUGGAGAACCGUCCUCACUCUUAAAUCUCAUUGCUCUCAACCAAGCAUGUCUGACAUCAAGAAAUAUCAGCUUGGAGACUUCCAUCUUCAAGGCGGUGGCUCGUUGCCCAGAGCAUGGAUCGCAUAUAAGACAUUUGGCGACCCAUCCCUUCCAGCAGUUGUCUAUCCCACCUGGUACUCCGGCGCUAUCGCGGACAACGAAUGGCUAGUAGGAGACGACAAAACCUUGAAUCCGUCAGACUAUUUCAUCGUCAUUCCGGCCCUGUUCGGUAACGGACAGUCCAUCAGCCCCUCCAACUCGGACAUCAAUCCAUUUCCCGACGUGACUUUCUUCGAUAAUGUGAAGGCACAAUACGAAUUGGUCACCAAGGAGCUCAAGAUCACCCAUCUCAGAGCCGUGCUGGGAUGGUCUAUGGGCGCGGCUCAAUCCUUUCAAUGGGCGACACAAUAUCCCAACUUUUUGGACAUUGCAGUCCCAUUUUGUGGCGCCGCGAAGUGCGCCCUGCACAAUCAAGUCUUCCUGGAGGGGGUCAAGUCGGCGCUUCUCGCAGCAAAGAAGACAAGCUCAGCCGGCAGUACACUAGGACGCAUUGCAUCAACUGAGGACAAGUCUGUGCAGGUCUGGUCAGACGAGGAGAAGCAAGUUGGUCUGAAAGCUUUUGGCCGUGGGUACGCCGGAUGGGGCUUUUCCCAGGCAUUCUAUCGACAUGAGCUGCACAAGAAGUUUUACGGAGCCAAGGAUCUCGAGGACUUCAUGCAAACGUUUUGGGAGAAGUGGGCUCUGAGCAAGGACCCGGAGAACUUGCUUGUCAUGAUUCACACGUGGCAAAGUGCCGAUGUGAGCAACCAAGAGCCAUACAAUGGCGAUUUCAAGAAGGCCAUGGCGAGCAUCAAGGCCAAGACUUUGGUGCUGCCCUCAAAGACCGACCUCUACUUCCCGCCCGAGGACUCUGAGUAUGAGGUCGAGUGUAUGAGCGAAGGUGUCGGUGAAUUGGCUGUCUACCCCUCCAUUUGGGGCCAUUGGGCUGGAGGACCCCCGGGAAACUUUGAGGAUGUCAAGUGGCUAGACGACAAGUUGAAGAACAUCUUUGCUACAGCGCCAAAAAGGGGGUAGAGAAUGUAAGAGUUGAGUACGCAACGUGCAAGGCAUUGCGUCAUGAGCAGAAUGUUUGUUUCGCUAAUAACGAUACUUUUCUUGGCGCACUUUGGGAGGAAAGAAGACAUCGACCUUUGCCUAAAUAUUGUGGAUUUAUGCCAGUCUAACGACCUAUUCGCUUUGAGACGCAAGGGACAGACAUAUGCAAUUCUAAGCACCAAGAGGACUUUGAAAGAUAGUAGCUUUCAAUGAUCUAUACACAG